AUGGACAAUACAAAAACUGGCCAAGACAUUGCUGAGAAUUUAGGUCCUAUUUCUGAAGGAACAAAAGCUCACGAGAUUCCCAAUGUAGACACUAGUAUUAGUAGUGCUGAACCUACUAAGAACCUUCCUUCAUAUAUCAAUGAAGAAUAUGUUCCAGCUGGUGAAGUUUCUAAAGCUGAGAAGAUUGAAAACCAACGGAGUAACGAUAAUUAUGCCACUGAUCAAACUGUUACCGAGCAGAGUGAACAUAAUCAGACUUUAACCAACAAUUCUGGCACCACUGGUAUUUUAAGUACUGAUGAAGGGAAAGAUGAAUUGACUGAAAUGGAAAAAGAAGUUGAAAACAUUGAAAAAAACAAACCAACUGGAGAUGUAAUCUUUGUUGCUGUUUGUUGUUUAAUGGUUGCCUUUGGAGGAUUCAUUUUUGGUUGGGAUACAGGUACUAUAUCUGGAUUUGUCCGACAAACUGAUUUCAUUAGAAGGUUUGGUCAAAAACGUUCAGAUGGCACUCAUUAUUUAUCAAAUGCAAGAACUGGUUUAAUCGUGUCUAUUUUUAACAUUGGUUGUGCAAUUGGUGGUGUCAUUUUAUCCAAAACUGGUGAAAUGUAUGGACGUAAAAUUGGGCUAACUAUUGUUGUUGUUAUUUACAUAGCUGGAAUUGUAAUUCAAAUUGCAUCGAUUAACAAAUGGUAUCAAUAUUUCAUUGGUAGAAUUAUCUCUGGCUUAGGUGUUGGAGGAAUUGCUGUUUUGUCACCACUAUUGAUUUCAGAAGUUUCACCAAAACAAUUAAGAGGUACUUUGGUUUCUUGUUAUCAAUUAAUGAUCACAGCUGGUAUAUUUUUAGGUUACUGUACAAAUUUUGGUACGAAGAACUAUCACAAUUCCGUUCAAUGGAGAGUACCACUGGGGCUAAGUUUUGCUUGGGCAUUGUUCAUGAUUUUUGGGCUGACCUUUGUUCCAGAAUCUCCUCGUUUCUUGGUUGAAGUUGGUAAAACUGAAGAAGCUAAAAGAUCUCUAGCUAAAACUAAUAAAACGACAAUCGAUUCACCUUUAGUCUUACUGGAACUUGAAAAGUAUGAGGCAGGUGUAGAAUUGGAGAAAUUGGAAGGGAAAGCUGAGUGGAUUGAAUUGAUAACUGGUAAACCUCAAAUGUUCAGAAGAACAUUGAUGGGUAUGGUUGUGCAAUCUUUACAACAAUUAACUGGUGCCAAUUAUUUCUUCUACUACGGUACAACGAUUUUUCAAGCUGUUGGUUUGAAGGAUUCAUUUGAGACUGCUAUAGUUUUGGGUGUUGUUAACUUUGCUUCAACAUUUUUUGCUUUGUAUACAGUUGACCACUUUGGACGUCGUCGUUGUCUGGAAUGGGGAGCUGUAGGAAUGGUUUGUUGUUACGUUGUUUAUGCUUCAGUAGGUGUCACAAGGUUAUAUCCUCAUGGUAUGGAUCAACCAACUUCACAUGGUGCAGGUAAUUGUAUGAUUGUGUUUGCAAGUUUUUUCAUUUUCUGCUUUGCAACUAGUUGGGCUCCAAUUGCUUAUGUUAUUGUAUCAGAAUCUUAUCCAUUGAGAGUUAGAGGAAAAGCAAUUUCUAUUGCUAAUGCCUGCAAUUGGAUUUGGAAUUUCUUGAUUUCAUUUUUCACUCCAUUUAUCACCUCUGCGAUUAAUUUCUAUUAUGGUUAUGUAUUUAUGGGUUGUAUGGUCUUUGCAUUCUUUUUUGUCUUCUUCUUUGUACCUGAAACAAAAGGAUUAACAUUAGAAGAAGUUAAUAUCAUGUAUGAAGAAGGCGUUCUGCCAUGGAAAUCCGCUAGUUGGAUUCCUCCAUCAAAACGUGAUGUUGGAUACGAUGUUGAAGAAUUAAAACAUGAUAAUAAACCUUUUUACAAAAGAAUAUUUUCAAAAGAUUAG